AUGGAUGAAGCUGGAAACCAUCAUUCUCAGCAAACUAUCACAAGGACAGAAAACCAAACACCGCAUGUUCUCACUCACAGGAAGAUGGGGCCCUGUCUGUCUUGUUCUCAGCUGUAUUCCCAGUACCUGGGACUGUCCCAGACACACAGUAGCGCUCCCCCGGCCCCGGACCCUCCAAGGAGACAGCGGCAGGAGCGCACGGUCUACACUCAAAGCCAGCAGGAAGUGCUAGAAAGUUACUUUCAGAACGACCAGUACCCGAACUAUGACAAGCGACUGAAUCUGGCGAAGGCACUCGAUCUCAAGGAGCACCAACUGCAGGUGUGGUUCAAGAAUCGCCGCGCCAAACUAGCUCGGGAGCGACGGCUCCAGCAACAGCCCCAGCGCGUCCCUGGGCGGAGAGGCCGAGGAGCCCGCGCUGAGCCCCUAGUCCCUGCAGCCGCUGCCUCCGCCCCUCAGCCGGGCCUCUCGGGAAUCCUUCCAGCGGCGGAACCCACGAUCUGCAGCCUCGACCAGGCCUGGGGUGGCCCCGGGUGCAGAGCCCAAAAGGGCAUCCCAGAUGUCCUGGGUCCAGGCUGUGGCCCGAUCCCAGCCCCAAUCCGAGGCCCAGCUCAGGUCCCAGGUCCACUCCCUGGCCCAAUCCCAGGCCCAAUUUCAGGCCCAGCCCAGAUCACAGGCCCACUCCUUGGCCCAAUCCCAGGCCCAGCCCAGAUCCCAGGCCCACUCGCUGGCCCACCCCCGAUUUUAGGCCCAGGCCCAGGCUCAGUCCCAGCCCCAAUACCAGGUCCAGGAUCAUUCCUAGCCCCAGCCCCAGUCCCCUUAUGGCCUCAGAGCCCCAAUGCCUCCGACUUCUUGCCAGACACCCAGUUAUUCCCUCAAUUCACAGAGCUGCUCCCACCCCUAGACCCCUUGGAGGGAUCCUCAGUCUCCACCAUGACCUCUCAGUACCAAGAAGGGGAUGAUUCUAUGGGCCAAAAAGACUCAGGGUCUCAGUACCAAGAGGAAGGUGGCUCUGAAUGA